AAAAAAAAAUUCUAUUGUUCUAUCUUCCUCUGUUUCCAAAAUACUAAAAAUAGUAAUACAAACAAACAUUUUCAAUGGAGAUGGAAGGUUGCAAUAUCUAUGUUAAAAUUAUCAUUAUCAAAGUUCAAUUUAUGCUUAAAGUUAAAAUUGUCAAAGUAACAUGGUUUUUCUUGAAUUUGAAGAUCCAACUCUACCCCAAAGGGCAUACGAUGUUGAUACAUCAAGCUCAGUUAAGAAAUUGACUCUGGUUGCAUCAAUAGCCGCGGCUGUACAAUAUGGUUGGGCAUUGCAACUUUCACUUUUGACACCAUACAUUCAACUUCUCGGGGUUCCUCAUGAAUGGGCAGCUUUUGUAUGGCUUUGUGGUCCAAUUUCUGGAUUGGUUGUACAACCAACCAUCGGCCACUAUAGCGACAAUUGUACGUCGAGGUUCGGUCGCCGGCGCCCUUUCUUAGUUAUCGGUGCUUUUCUGUUAUGCAUUGCAGUUCUUUUAAUUGGUUUUGCUGCUGAUAUUGGGAUUUCAUUGGGUGAUUCUCUUGACAACAUUACUAAGCCUAGAGCAGUAGCUUUUUUUGUCAUUGGAUUUUGGAUAUUGGACAUUUCUAAUAAUAUGAUCCAAGGUCCUUGUAGGGCAUUAUUAGCUGAUCUUUCUGCAAACAAUGAUGCUAAAUUGAUGGUUGCCAAUGCAUUAUUUGCAUUCUUCAUGGCUGUUGGAAAUAUUAUUGGUUAUAGUUUAGGUUCUUAUAUGGAGUUUUAUAAGUUUUUUCCAUUUACAAAAACUGAAGCUUGUGAUCUCUAUUGUGCAAACCUUAAAAGUUGUUUUUUUUUGUCAAUUAUUUUUGUCAUCGGCGUUAUGGUGUUAGUUGUAUUAUUGGUAAAAGAGGAAGUAAUAUCUGAGAACGUGUAUCAGCAAGCUAGCUACUAUCAAGAAUACCAAGAUAAUUACUACAGAAAUGGGUAUAGAGAUCAAGAUCAACUUUCUUUCUUCGGCCAACUUGCAUUAGCACUUGGAAAUCUAUCCAAACCUAUGAGGAAUUUGCUCAUUGUAACAACCUUGAAUUGGAUUGGAUGGUUCCCAUUUACAAUGUUCAGCACAGAUUGGAUGGGAAAAGAGGUGUAUGGUGGUCAAGUAAAUGGAACUCCUGAACAGAUUUCUUUAUACCAUAUGGGUGUUUGGGCAGGAACAAAAGGGCUAAUAUUAUAUGUGGUUAGUCUUGGCGUUGUGUCAUUGUUUUUAGAAACUUGGAUACGUCUAUUAGGCAAUGUGAAAAGGGUUUGGGGAAUGUGCAAUUUUAUUUUGGCGAUCUGUAUGGUUAUGACGAUUUAUAUCUCAAAUAUGGCAUUUAAAGCUAGAUCAAACAUAAGCAAUAUUACUGGCAUUAAAGAGAUUGGCCCUCCGAUGAAUGUGAAAGUAUCUGCUAUGGCUCUUUUUACCACAUUGGGUAUUCCGCAGGCGGCAACUUAUAGCAUCCCUUUUGCCUUGGCCUCAGUAUACUCCAAUGAAAGUGGCACAGGACAAGCUCUAGGCUUAGGAGUUGUGAAUCUUGCCAUUGUAAUUCCACAGAUGUUUGUUGCUAUUGUGAGUGGACUAUUGGAUGAGUCAUUUGAUGGGAGUAACUUACCGGCAUUUUCAAUGGGAGCAGUUGCAGCUGGAUUAAGUGGGGUUUUCGCAUUGGUAUUGCUAAAAGCGUAGUUAAUACGUAACUAGUGUUUAUAGAUAUAAAAAAAAAAUCAGCAAUCGAGUUGGGUGCUUUCAAAGGAUAAUGCUAGUUGACUUUUUGAAGUUUUGUACAUAAAUUGAUUACAUUUAUUCAACAAAAAGGUUAGAUACAUUUUUUGAAUGAGUAGUGAUACGUACAUAUAUAGUACUUUGAAUGCUAUGUUACAAAUUAUAUAAUGUCAACAUAUAAGGG